AUGGCGUCUAACUACUGUAGAAACCCAUCAAAAGAACCUACGGGAGUUUGGUGUUAUACUGGUGACUUAGCUGAAACAGAUUUAUGCGACGUGCCCAGUUGUGUAACUGACGAUUCAGCAGCAUUAAUAGUAAACACAAACGCAGAUAAAAAAAUUCAUUGGGUUUACGUGUUACCCGAAUGGAGAGUAUCUGGAAUAAAAGUCCGGCUAAAGUAUUGGAUACCAUUAAUUUAUGAAGGAAUCACGAUAUACUUUAAAAGUCAAAAUGACUCUUUGGGUUAUUGUGGGCUAGAAAUAGGAGCAGAAAAAAAUGAAAAGCUUCAGUUUUUUCGAGUAGAUAAAUUUGGUAAUAGAAUUUCAUCAGAAGAUCAAGUUUAUCCACAUUUGUUAAUGGCCAAUUGUUUAACUCAUAUUGUCGAAUCAAAAGAAUUUUCUGUUUAUUUACCAAUUAGAUUUCAAUCCAAUGUCGGAUUAAGUAGAAUUGAAAACAAAAUUGACUUUUAUUUCAGACACAACGGUACAACACGUUUAGCACUAAUACAACAACAAUUAAACAAAGGCUACUUGAUAGAAAUUAAAAAUCGCGUCAUUGCUUUAUUGUGGAGGUCAAUGGAUAAGAAACCGAAAUUGUUAGAGUCAAAUACAUUUAAUGUGAAUAUAAUAAAAGAACAUUCUUGGAGUCAUAUUGGAUUGAGUUGGGACGAAAACACGUUGUGGAUAAACUGCAGUGAAGGCUUACAAAUGUGGACUUUAUCAGGUAAAUCCGCUCCGCUGUUGGUACGUUAUUUUUCAGUCGCUAAUCGUGGAGGUCAAACAACAUGGACUGUGAAUUGUAAUCCACCAGACAUCGAUGGAACUCCCAGAAAUGGUGGCUGGAGCGAUUGGGGUGAGUGGGAACAAUGCUCGAAAACAUGUGGUACCGGCAUGGGUAUUCGAUACAGACAAUGCGAUAAUCCCAAACCAAACAUGUUUGGAGAACCAUGUGUUGGCCCCACUGAGUUUCCGGGUAAAUGUAAUGAACACGAGUGUGGACAGCUAUCUAAAAAAACCAUAAAAAAUAUACAGGAUAGAAUCAGACAAAAAACGUAUAACUUGCACGCGGUCGAAGGCGAAAAACUAAUUUUGGUGUGUAAUAAGAACUCUGUUAAUGCUGUAAAAGUGGACUUAGUAAAUCCAACUUUUGAUUGGAUCAAAAAUGGAAAACUUUUGGAAAAAGGGGGAAAAAAUGUCAAAAAUGAUGGUUGUAAACUAGUUAUUCAUAAAUGUACAAAAAGUGAUUCAGGAGUUUAUGCUUAUAUUGUUCAACCCCUUGAUAGGCAAAAAGUCAUUUUAAAAAUAAUUGCGGUGACUAUAAUGGAAUCUCCCACUUAUGCAUAUAUUGGAGACAUAAUUCAAAUAGUAAUCGAAGGACAACCAACGAAUCAAAUAAUUAUUUCAUACUUUGAAAAUUCAACAGAUGGAGAGUUUGAAAUUUUUCAUAAAUUAUUCGACAAAGAGGAAUUAGUUUCAUAUUGGCAAUGGCACCACUAUUCUAUCACAAUUAUAGACAAAUCGUUGCAAGUUCAAAAACUGAAUAUUAAUAAUAAAAUGAUCACUUUAUUAAAAAUCACUGACUUUAAAAUACAAUUUCUUCAUUGGUUUGGAAUAGGUACCAAAAAUGUGGGUCAUUGGACACUUUAUUGCAGUGGACCAGAGAAUUAUCCCUUACCCCAAGCAGAACUACCAGAAUGUACUAUAUCAUUAUCUGGUUAUCAAUAUAGCGGAUCACAAUGGAUUACUGAAAACGGGGAACAAUGCCUUCCUUGGAACAUAACAGAGCUGCGCAAAAAAGUAGAUGAAAAACUUUUAAUUGACGGAAAUUAUGUAGCAGCUAAUAAUUACUGUCGAAACCCUACCAAAGAUCCUAAAGGACCAUACUGUUUUAUAGAUACCAAUGGGACUGUUACUCAAAGACAGUGUCUCAUUAGAAGCUGUCGAAAUAUGAGGUCAGACCUAAUAUGCAGGGAAAGCAGCUGA